CCGUUUUACAAAAAAUCGUACGCUCUGAGUCUUUAGCAGUGAAAACUAGUAUAAAAUCAACGAAAAAGGCCGGAAAACAGGAAAAUGCCACCGAAGAGAUAUAAACAGAUUAGUGAAUCAACAAAUAUGCGUAAAAAAAAGCUGCGUGAAGACCAAAAUGCCAUCAAAGCUGGCAAAAUGGCCGCUCAGCAUUCGAAUACCGCCGAUUUGAGAGCAUUACUUCAAGCAACACCGGAGCAGCUUGGAGAUACCUACGAUCCAACUGGAUAUGCCUAUGUCAACGUUGGGGAAGGCUCUUGUGCUGAUUCGCUUCAAACAGAAGAUCCUCUCGGCUCACAGGAAAAAACAUCCGCUAAAGGUACGUUCCUUCAUACAUUGAACCUUCAUGCCAAUGGAACUCAAAGCAUCAUCACCAAUAUGGUCGAAGGCGGAGCAGAAGAAGUACAGGGCAGUGCUUUUCUGAGCGGCCUCUCGGUGGACUACCUCGACGAAACGGUCGGGUGCGGAGAAAUCGAACCUACCGACGAACCUAGUGAAACAUGUCCAAACAAAGGUGGAAAUGCUACAGCAGCCGCAGAAUCAACGAACUUGGUUGCGCAACGUUUGAGCAUUACCGAAUUACGACAAAUGCUGCAAGCCGCACUCAAGCAUGAAGAGACAUCUUUAAAUGUACCCGAUAGUCCCAAGAUCAUCAGCUCUACAGCAAACGUUGCUGUCACAACUUUGGUUGCAGUUGAAAAUCCCAAACAUGGUGAUCACCUAGGCGAAAUCUCAGGAGAUCCGAACAAUUAUACCAAAGGCUCCGAAAAAAGCGGAAUUGAUUUUGAGGCCUGCACACCUCAGCUUGAAGCCAAGAUGAAUAGAACUGAGAUCCACAUUCAAACGCAAGACCCUCAUCCAUCAACAUCCAAUAUCUUAGAAAUUGAGCGGCCUCAUUCACAGGAAAACCACGCUAUGGACAUCGAGAUGGACAUUGAAGAACACCUCUGUGAGGAACUAUCACUUCAACACGAUGAUAACCGCGAAUCUCAUGUUGAUUACGAGGAAGUCCCCCCAGCUUACGAGGGAGAUUGGGUAAUUAAGUACAGAAAUUUGGAACAUAAGUACAUGGAGCUUCUGCAAAGACAUAAAAAGUGUAAGCAAAGGUACUCGAAGCUAGAAAAUGACAAACUGUCGUCUGACGACUACGCUCUCCGUGUCGGAAAGGAGUUAAUGCAGUUGAAAGACAAACAACAUAUGCCCCAGACGAGAUUUACGGUAGUCGACGAUAUCAACAUAACGGUUGAGGAACUGGACGAAUUCAACGCCCGUGCAGAUACGGACAGUAUGUUCGUAGGCUUGCUGGCGACGCGGUUGGUUGGAUCGGACGCGCUUGCAAAAAUGAGUGUGACGGGUCAGGUCAGUCACAGAUUCGGAAAACUGAAAAAUCCAGAUGGCACCCCAAAAUAUCCAGCUGCAGAGCGACUGGAUCCACUGAUUCUUGAAUUUAUUGGCAAUAAAGUUGCUGAACGCACGGCGAUCAAAGUUGGAUGCCAAAAUAUUCCUACUAUCAGAAAGAGGUCGGAUAUAGCGUUGGUUAAGCGAUAUAUUGCCCAGAAAAUCGCCAACCUUCGAAAGGCUGCACAAGUUCGAAAUGCCAGAGCUGGAACUGGCCCACUGAUGGUAGCACUACCUCCCACCGCCGCUGAUGCUGCUCUUCACCACUGCUAACGCCACUCCACCCUCGCCGCAGACGUCACUCCUAACCGUCGCUGUUAUUGAUCUUUUUUGUUUUCUUUAAACGGAAUAAUUUUAAUUUGUAUUUACUGACGCGUUAGCGUCGAAUUCGUUACGGAAACGCUGUUUUUAUCAUUUAUCAUUUCUAUUUUUUUAUAAGUAGAUUGUUUCGCGUUAUUGCCGCCAUACGCCUUAAUCACAAAAUGCUCGACAUUGCUAUUAUUUUGCCAUUCAUGCAAUAAGUACAAUACAUCGUUCGCUAUACGCCUUUAUCAAAAUGCUCGGCAUGUAGGCUAUUGUUUGUUGUUAAAUCAAUUAGUUUAAUGUUUCGUUUAAUUACAUAAGUUUAAAAAAAAUCUACGAAACAGUUGAUUAAAUGUGUAUUAUACAAAUCUGAAUCAUGGGUUUAUUUUUUCUUAUUGGAAAUCAUUGCUCAACUGUUUUCGAAACACAUACUUAUGACGGUUCCCGAUUAAUUUAGCACAUUAGUGCAUAAAAAGUCAUUAUUUUAGUUAGGUUCAACCUAGGAAUUAAUAUUAUAGGUGCUGUUGAGAACUGAAAUUUUUGACAAGCGAAAUUCGAUUAUUCUUACAAUCCAUACGUAGUGUAAUGAUCGGCUGUCCAGCGAUCUGCCCUAGAAAUUAAAGGGUUGUCGAUUUUCGCGUGUCCAAUUUUUCUGUUUUUAAUCACACCAAUAAUAUUCUAGUGGCAUUGGAAGAACUAAACGAUACAGGAUAUUGUUAUGCAACAAUACACAAACGAUACGGUAUGUUGUUUGUUAUUAGGUAUUUUACAAUAAAUUAACAAUUACAUUUGAAGUUAAAAUUGUCUGAUAAAUCUAUUGUUCAACUGAUUCGCAACAAUAUGCAUUAAACUUCUCCUUGCGGAAAAUGAAUUAUAAACCUACAGUGUGGUAUAUUGUUUCGCGAAAAUUUUGUUCCGAAAAAAUGCUGAUUUUUUAUUGUAACCUAACUUAACCGCCUAUUCGCCAUAUUGUGAAUAGGGCCAUUACAACUUGCCAAAUGGUAUGCAACAAUAUUGUAACACUACCACAUAAUGUGAUGUCGGAUAACAUGUGAAAUUGUACAAGCAAAGUUCCAAGUUGUUAUGGAUAACAUGUGAGGUAGUAAGCUUACAGUUCCCAGCUAUGCGGGUUGUGGAUAUCUUUGCGGGGGA